GUUCUGGCAAUGAAGCUUUUUAUUGAGAACAUGUGUGUCCCAGAAUCGGAGCAAGACAUCACAAUCAAAAAUUGCAUGCCACUUUGGAUGUUACUUGGUGAUGAAGUCGAUUUUGGCGGACCACAGUCGUUCGCUGCUGUAGAAAAAUUCCUCAAAAUCUGCAACUUAACGGCGCUAAAAGAAACAAUUGGCUCUGAAGUAAAGUGUUAUAACUGUGAAGAAAAUAUUCAAUGCGCACCAGUAACGCUCCCAUGCCGAAAGAACGACAAGAUAUGUCAGAAAUGUUUUACGGAGAUGAAAGCACUAAGAAACUUCAAAUGUCCACUUUGCAAAGAGACAUUUCCUAAAGAUUGGGUACCAACUAGUCAAGAGGAUACAAUUCUUGUAAACAAGCUGCGGCGAUACCAAAAGCGUUGCAAUACAUUUUUCUUGGAAGUCGUCUCGCAGUUGUGUUUUGACUAUGGAAAUGCGUCUGAGCAAGUUAUUACCAAACUACUUAACUACGUAACAUGCAAAACCAGAACUGGUAAGGUUUUCACGAAAGAUAUCAGCAUGAUCGACACGGGCUUAGACCCGAAUCCCGUUUUCAGGUCGUUUCUGUUGCAGUUGUUACUUAAGUCAAGGGAGGAAAGGUACGUUUCCAGUUACAUAAGCCAGUUCCUGGAAAGCACGACAAUAGACAGGGACACAAACCCUAAAGAUAGAAUUGACAUUUAUCUGCUGAUUGUUCAAUGUUGGGAGGACACGCACUUACAGUAUAUUGAACAAAGUGGAGAAUCAAGACUGACAAUUGCAUGCGAUUUGUUUCGUAAUGCUAUUGAAAAGAUCAACAACCACCGGUCAUUGACUGAACUACUUUAUGGUAUCGCAACUGCAAGAGCAUGUCUAUCUGAAACAGCACGUUGCUUAGCGGAACUUGCCGCGAAGGAAAAACAUACUAUUACCGGCUAUAUGCUGAAAAUGAUUCAAGCUGCUAAAGAAUUGUGUCACAGUCAUAAUAAAGAAACAUUGAAACUGUAUCUAGUGAAAAUUUUAUGUCGUCGUUACGGCAGACAUAUAUAUCAAAGAUUAUCGAAGUCUCGUGCGCAUAGUUUGAAUUGGGUGGCAUUUGAGGGCAGAUCAGAACAGGUUGAGGUAUCGGAUAGAUACAUUGUCUUGGGGGAGACAUAUACACGUGUAAGAGAAGCCAUUGCAAAAACACUUCUUGUAGAAGAUAUUGGGAUACUUCAAGACUUACUGCAAAAAAUACAAAGUCGGAAUGCACAUUUAGUAACCGUCGUGCAGCUAGCUGUGCACAGAGAGGUAACCUGUGCACAUGUCAGACAAUCAUUCACUAAACCAAAACAGGGAAUUAAACGCCUACAUAAACUACUUGAUGCUUUCGAAGUCGUGGGAGACAAGGAGAGCGUGUGGAGGCUUCUGAAUAACAACCUUCAGCCCCCGUUGUUGGUCAUGAAACCUCAAUCGAGUAUGGAGCAGCAGGGCGUGCAGUGCUUAAUGACACACUUCAAGAUCAUCAUGUCAAAACUUCAAGAUGAGUCGAAAUUACUUUUCCCUUUCAAGGCGUUGAUCGAUGGAAAUCUAAUUAUCCAGAGCAUGUUUCUACCGACCAUGCCACAGGAUGACUUGGAAGACAUACACAAUGCCUUGCUCAGGAACGGCCAAAAUUCUGUUGUGUAUCGGUGCCCUAAGGGUCAUCCAUACCUCAUCGGUGAUUGCGGACAACCAGUUUUGACAGGUUUUUGUCCAGAAUGUCGGGAACGAAUCGGUGGGACGGGGCACCAAGCUUUGCCAGGAAAUGUUUUGAAUAACCAAGGGGAUACAUCAAAACGAGGGCAUGUCCUCGGCAGGAGCAAUAAAGGUGGAAUUAUUCAGCCAGAGAGGGAUAUGAACCCCACUUACUGCACAGCUGCUCGACUCUUCCUUCAUAUGGCCAUGUACCUGGGUCCAGUGGAGCAUAUACAGAAAAUUAUACAGCCAGAAAUACCAGCCAAUCAUGUGUCGCAGUUUUUACUGGAUCACAUCAAAGCAAACAUCGUCGGUCUCCAGCAAGAGCUCGGUCGAAGUGCAGAUGAUAUCAUCCUGCUGAUGCAUGUCGUUGUUCACCACAUGAUGCUUCAAGCUGGAAAAGCUCUUCCACAGAGGCUGACUCUUCUGUCCUCAAAGAUAGAUCGUGAAGCAUGGGAAAAGGAAUUUUGUUCGACUGUAUUACGUAACGUACUUGGGUACGUUGAUCUCUGGCUUACCAAUUUAAACAACCGUAUUGCAACUGAUCUGAGAUUAGGAGCAGAUCCACUAAUGUGCUUGAUAUACGAAACGGACAACACGCAGGAAAGUGAAGACACAGUCAAUCUGUUGAAUGUCCCGCGAAUGUGGCGAUUUCGAAUCCCAAUUACAUUUGACCAUAUGCGCCAAGAGUUGAAUUCAAAAUUUCAGGACUUAAAGCCAAAGCCGCGUGUCCUGCAACGUUUUUUGCUCGAGGAUGACAUACUCCAAGCACUGCGAUAUCUUCCCAAUAUCAUGCUUCUACAACGAACACUUCUACAUAAACUCCAGAGGAAACUUGACAGAGCUGAAGCUAAUGCGCAACUUAAAGUUAGGGAUAUAAAGAAAGAUAAUCUGGCUGGACAUGACACAGAGAGGUGGAUAGAUGAAUUUUCUAAAGUAUGGGAAAUGACACGACUGCGUCUGUCACAAGGUUGUGCUACCAAGUUCGGGCGAGUGACCGUUCCAGAGGUGUUUUGCAGACAACGAAUAACAGACAACACUCCACUCGCCGUUCUUUUACCUGCGGCGAAUGGUCCUGGAUUGUGUUCCUAUGCCAUGCUUGACCUUCUAUUUAGAAAACAGAACGAGUUGAUGGACUUCUACGGUUCCGAAACUGGAAGACUACAUUCACUUUCUUCAAUCACUCCAAUGGCUGUGACCUCCGCACAUCUGAUCAGCUACGACCACGAACAUGACCUGAUGCCCUUGGUUUUGGCAAACUGUCAUUAUUCCUUCGAGAUGGGUGUAGGGACCAAGAUUGAGUACGACUUUGCUGGCAUGGAGAGACAACUAAUAGACAGGUUUCUCUGCUACAAGUCGAAGAUAGAGAUCCAUCAAUACUUGAAGGUCGACCUGAUGGUUUACAGAACAGAAGUGACGAACGUCUCUGUUUUCAACAAACUUCAGGGCAACAUACCACAGGAGCACUUAAAUUCAGCUGUCAAAAAGCAGAUAUGUGAAGAACUACGAUCAUUGCCCGACGUUUGUGAAACGCUUGACAAUUUGAAUAUUGCUAUUAGCUUCCUGAAGACGACUGGCGGUAACCCAGCUAUGCCAAUACACAGGUUCAUCGAGGAAACGCUACGAAUGGACAAAUCUCUUUUGAGUCAAAAGGCUCGGCAAACUUGCGAACUUCGACAUGCCAGAUCGUUGUGGUUGCUGUUGUCCUUUCUUAAGUCCAGACUUCUAGUUGAUUAUCAACACGCAACCGAGGCGGUUAUAGAAACGUUGCCUAAUGGUUUCUACGAAGAUCUACCAAACGAAGUAAAAUCAAGCUUUGGAGAAUACAUGCACCAUCUAAGCACUGAGAAGUUAUCAAAUCUAUUGGAGCUGCUUCAUGAAUUUCUACUUCUCAGAGUGGCCGUUCAAGAGAAUCCUGAUGACGAUGAUUUUGUGGAUACUAGAAAAUACAGGCUAUUUGAAAGUCUGAAGCAGUACAUUGAGCUAAGCGAAUCGCCAGUGCUCGAACCUGUCAUUUUGAAUGGAAGUCCAACGGGAUUGUUGUAUGAACACGGUGCAAAGGCCUGGGUACUAGCGAACGAGACGCUUUUGAGGAAAAUAGGAACCAGGCGUCGCUCCUGAAAUACAGACAAACAAAAAUACUGACGUAAGGCAAUAUAAAUAAACCGAUAUACAGAAAACAAAUAUAUUAAGUAAAUAGAAUAAAUUGUAGUUUAAAGACAAUACUGUUUACAGUUGUACACUAUUUUUCUCAAAUUUGUCACCUAUGACUGCAUGUUUUGUUUCAGUACAUAUUUGCUAUGACAUAAUUGAUUGACUGAAUUGCAGUUAAAUCACAAUAUAGUUUGCAGUGGUACAUUAUGUGUGACAAUGCAAGUGAGUGUACAUAUAUUUUCUAUGAUAUCUUUGAAUGACUAAAUUGAAAUGAAGUUUGCAUUGUUGCAAUAUAUGAAAGGUGUUACUAUGUUUGUUUUGUGUAUAAACUGUCUUUGUUUACUGGCUGUUUACUUUUCUAUUGUUACAUGAAAUUGCAAUUAAAUAAUCCUGCUAUAUUUCAUAUCUACAAUUUAUGAAAUGCAAUGUCGUAAUUUUUUUUUGCCAUUCGCCUUUUAUAUGAUGGAUAAAUUGUUUCAUUCGUAAAUCGACUAUUCGUGAUUGAAGAGUAUUUGAGAUUUCUUGUUUUAUGGUUAUGUAUAAAUAAUUAAUUGUACGUGCAUGAUUGAAUUGAAUGUUGAAUGUGUUCAGAAAAAAAGAUUUGCAAAGCCAUAUAGUUGUCAAAACAUUAUAAACACAUGCUUAUAUUGAAAACUUUACGAAUUAAUAGCAUAUUUGUGAAGUUUUUCCUCAUUUUGAAAUGUAAAUUAUUCUUUCAUUGUUCUAAAAUCAAAGUGAAUGUGUCAUUUUUAAUUAAACUGUGAUUUAUAAAGUGCAUAUAUAAUAGGCAUAUAAAAAUACUGCAUACGUCAUUAGUGUGUGGAUUUGUGUAAGCGCAUACGUGCCGAGUUUAUAUUUAUAAUAGUCGGUACACUUAUUUCAUUUUGUUUAUGAAAUGUUGACUUUUUAUGGUGUAAAUGGCGAUACAGUUAUAUGUUCUUGUAUGUUUUAAUAAGUAAGGAAUUCUUCUUUGUGUCAAUCAUCCUAUAACAGUUUAUAACAUGUUCAUGUACAUACCAAAAUGAUGUCACAGAAUCAUCAACAUGCGUGUGUGUGU